AUGGAAAAAUCGAAAGGUGAUCAAGACAAUCAUUCUCUGUUACAAUUCCUAGAAUCUCUCAAGAAAGCUUCAAAAGAUCUACAAACCAAUCCCAUCUUCGUUACAAACGAUCCCCAACCCACCACGGAAACUAUUUUAAACCUUGAAAGAGAAGCAGACCUCAUGUUAUGUAGUGAUCCAAAUCUUUUCAAGCUUUCUCAAUUAUCAUGCAACCUUAAAACCCUUUUAGAAAAGCUCAAAAAAUACAAAGAAUGUAGCCUUAAAUCCUUCCUUUGCCGCCAAAUCACAAAGUAUGAAAUUUACCAAGUUGCAUGCACUAUGGAAGUUGAAAUUCGGACAUGUAUUGAUAAAGAAUAUGUACAAAAUCUUGUCGAGACACUUCGAGUGGUGGGCUUUGAGGAAGAGAAAGUAAAGGUCUUGAAAGAGUUCAAAAACCGAUUGUCAAAAGGUUUUGAUAGAGAGUUUCAAGAAUUGGUUCUCAAAGGGAAAGUAUUUUCCAUUCUUGAAUUGUUACUUUGUGACUCAACUUGCUCAAAGAGAGUUAGAGAACAUGUAGCUCUUGCUAUAGUUGCUUUGGUUAGAUUCAAUAGAGAUGUGUUUGUAGGAAUGGUUUUCAUGGGCGGAAUUGUCCAAGCCUUAAUAACAAUGGCUUCUUGUUGUUCAAUGCAAGCUCUUUGUUUACUUGUUUCAUUGAUUAGAACUCCAUUGGUUGAUGAAAUGGAAUUGCGUGGAGAGAUCCCAAAAAUUGUCAGCCUUUUUUGCAGCUCUGAAGAUUUGUCAAUCAAAGCUGGAACAAUGGAUUGUAUUUGUGAAAUUGCUCAUUUUGGUAGAAUAGAAGUGAUUAAAGCAAUGCUAGAAAAAGGGUUGGUAGAGAAGUUGGUGGAGUUGCAAAGAUCAACACAUGACGAAGAAAGUGUAAAAUUGGGCUUGGAAAUAGAUGAAAUGGAAAGGGAUUGGCUAUUUGGAAGCUGCGUUGCAAGAUUUUCUGUGCAUGUUGAAGUGGGACAAGGAUUGAGCCAAGUACAGAAAAAGGAGAUUAAAAGGGAAAUGUCGAGGAGGAUCAGAGAGGCCUCUGUUUCUGAGGCAGAGGCUGCCACUAUUAUCGGAGAGGUAUUAUGGGGUUCUUCACCUUGCAAUUAG